CGUGACUCUCUCUAUCUCUCUCUCUCUCUCUCUCUCUAUUCACCUCUUCUUGAUUGUUCAAGUUCAACUUUAUUCGCUGAUAGCUUGAAAAAUCUGUUCGUACGAAAGGGAAUGGAUGAAGUAGUGACCAUAAAACGGUGAACUGCUUUUUUCAUUGUGAAUAUAAUCGGUGGUAUUUUUGUAUCACGUUGUUACACCGAUUUUCCUUAAGUUCGAGAUGCAACUGAGAAAAAGGAACACUUGUUGAAACUGCUCGUUAUAACAUCGAACAUUUAUAGAAUAAGGAAAAGCAGGAUAAUGUUAUGUACGUAGUAGCACGUUUCCACACAUUGUUUGACAGGACAAAUAUCUUAAACCAAGUAUAAACAACGGAGGAUUGUGAAUUUCUCGAGAUCUUAUCUGUUUUGAAUCUUUUCGUCAAAUAAGAAAAGUACAAGUAGUUCUUUGAAUAUUAUCUACGGUGAAGAAAGCACGAUUGAUUGAUGUGAACAAGAACAAUUAACUAACUGUGGUCACGGUGAAUUUCGCGAGAACAAGCUGAUUUCUCCAGCGGACGAAGAACGAAGAAAUGCGGUAACGUGAUACUUGAAAUAAUGUUGCUGGACGUGAGCUACAACAGGCACUCAGGCACGUUGCUAGCCAAAGGGUUCCUAUGGAUCAGUCUAUUAGCUUGGACAAUUUCGUUAAGCUAUGCGGACGACGUGAAUUGUUGUCCAGAGGGCUCGAUGUUCCAGCCGUUGAUGAACUGUUCCGACGGUUUAAAAAUUCGUCUCACAUGUUCGUCCGGUAGUUACCAGAUCAAUCCUGACGCCACUCCCACCGACAAUUUCACGAUAAUCCAGGAAUACGGCAAAUCGUGGUUACAGUUUACGGAAACGGAAUACGAGAAAAUCCCAGCGAACAGUUUCUGCGUGGCAGAGCGGGACAACGGCUCACGGAUCGCAUUCAUAUGCUUCGAGCCUGAGUAUUACAGCAGCCCGACGAUAUGGAAAGAUACGCUAUUCUGCAUUCUCGGCAUCAUAUCGGCUAUAUUUUUAAUUGCCACUUUGGCGGCAUACGUUUUACUACCGGAGUUAAGGGAGGUGCAAGAUAAGGUGAUGAUGGCCGUAGUGACGUCACUAGCGGUCAGCUACAUCGUCCUUUCCAUUCAGAAUCUGAGACCGCAGAAGGACGGAGAUUAUACGAUAUGUAUCUCUCUGGGAUUCAUUUUGUAUUUCGGAUUUAUGUCUGUUUUCUUCUGGCUGAAUGUCGUCUCCUUUAACAUUUGGAGAACAGUCUGGUUCGAUCGUUUCGUAAUCAAAGAUAAAAUACUUUUUUUCAUCUAUUGUGGGAUCGGAUGGGGUGGACCGAUAUGCUUUCUAAUAGUAGCCCUAAUUACUCAUCAUAUAGACGGAAAUCAUUUGAAGCCAGGUUUCGGAGAGCAAACCUGUUGGUUCAGCGGUCCUAAACAAAUGUGGGCGUACUUUUACGGGCCAAUUGCUAUUUUAUUGACGUUAAAUAUUAUCUAUCUGGGAUUAACCGGCUGGCGAUUGUGGCAUCAGUAUCGUGAUAACAACAAGUUACGAGGGAACAAGUUACGAGCACUACGUUGUAAAUGUCUACUUUACGUCAAACUGAUAUUCGUCAUGGGUAUCACAUGGAUCUUCGAAGUGCUCUCCUUCGCUGAUCUUUCUAAAAAUGAUUUCUGGAUAGUGACGGAUAUUCUGAACGCGUUGCAAGGCUUCAUAAUAUUCCUUCUAUUGGUGGCGAGACGUAAACGUGUAAGGAAAUUACUGGCUAUGAAGAGACCUUGCGGAAUAGGCUUUCCAAAAUCUUGGGCAGCCGUUGACGACGAGGAGUGCGAAGAAGAGCUAUCCGAAGAGUGUGACGAAGAGCUACCCGAGGAAGUUGAAUUGUCGCAAAAUGACGAGUCUCCAUAAGAACAGUUUUUCGUUAAUAGGCUAGAAAACGUGAUGUACGAUAUUUUUCUUUUUUUGUUUUGUAUUUUUAAAUAUCAAUACGUUUGAUUAGUCGAAAGUAAUCACGGGUAAUGACAAUAAUGUAAGGAACUGUUCUUAUUUAAUGUAACGUAAUCGUACAAAAGGUCGUAUAGAAUAUUCAAUAUUCUUCUACUAUUUGUCUAAUCGAAAUAACUUUUAU